AUGUGGUUCCUGAUCCUGUUGGUGGCCCUGUCCCUGGGAGAGACAGGUGCUGCACCUCCCAUCCAAUCGCGGAUCAUUGGAGGAUUUGCCUGUGAGAAGAACUCCCAGCCCUGGCAGGCAGCUGUGUACCACUACACCAGAUUCCAGUGUGGGGGCAUCCUGGUGCAUCCCCAGUGGGUGCUCACGGCUGCUCACUGCUACAAUGAGGCAACUGACAACUACCAGAUUUGGCUGGGCCGCAACAACCUAUAUGAGGAUGAACCCUCAGCACAGCACCUGUUUGUCAACAAAAGCUUCCCUCACCCUGACUUCAACCUGGACCUCCUGAAGAAGGACUCCCAAAACCUCCUCGAGGAGGACUACAGCAAUGACCUGAUGCUGCUGCACCUCGCCCAGCCUGCCGAGAUCACAGAUUCCGUGAAGGUCCUCAGCCUGCCCACCGAGGGACCCACAGUGGGGAGCACCUGCCUUGCCUCAGGCUGGGGCAGCAUUGAACCCGUUGAGUUCGAAUACCCAGACGAACUCCAGUGUGUGUACCUGGAGCUCCUGCCUAUUGAGGAGUGUGUCAAAGCCCACACCCGUAAUGUGACAGACUGCAUGCUGUGUGCAGGGGACUUGGAAGAAGGAAAGGACACUUGCGUGGGUGACUCAGGGGGCCCGCUGAUCUGUGACGGUAUACUCCAAGGUGUCACGUCAUGGGGCCCUGCCCCAUGCGGCAAACCGGAGAAGCCGGGCAUCUACACUAAAGUUAUUGAUUUCGUCCCCUGGAUAAAUGAAGUUAUCAAGCAAAACUCCUGAGUGG